AUGAGCUCGUCUCCUCCUCAAUCUGUGGAUCGAACUCUUCCGCCCUUCGAUACGCGGCAACGUGUGCUAGGGGUUGAAGACGCUACGUUGGGGACUUUCAACGCAGGGGGAGGAUGCUGGGCCCGUAGCUCGCUAAGAGGCCGAAACCCACGGGGCGAGUACCCUGAAAACAAGGGCGAGACUCUUCCGCAGUACCACGAGUGUUUCCCUUACUCAGUGAAAGGUCAACAUAUCCUCCACCAUCCCUGCCAGGAGUUUGAGGGUCCUGCCAGGGACUAUCGUAAGGCGGGUGCCUUGGCUAGGAACAUGACUGGUCACUGUACGAUUAAGGACGAUCUCAACAUAUUCACGACAUGGGGUCCUGGUCCACCGAGAGCGGGCAGUACCCGUUGGCGACGGGAUUUGAGAUUAGAGAAGAAAAGCCGAAUCUUUGAUUCGAGUGAACAUCCCGCGACGCAAUUCAAAAGGAUGUAUGAAAGAGGAGAUAUGCCUUUUGUCAUAAAGCACGGAGCCAAAUGUUAUCUUGAGUGGAGAGUGUCUCCAUCAAAACUUGACUAUCAGCACUUUCUGCCCGUGUUCGUCGACGGUACGAGAGAAAAGAGUGAACCAUACCGAUUCAUGGCCCGUGAGGCUUGUCUAACCCUGAUCAAGGAAGGAAAUGAGGCUAAGAUACUAUCAGCAGUCCCACAGUUGGUGGUGCCGCUAAGACAGGCUUUGAAUACAAGGGACCCAGAGACUGUGGUGAACACUCUACACGUGCUACAGCUGUUGGCUAAAACCUCUCCUAUGGUUGGCGAAGCCUUAGUGCCGUACUACCGGCAUCUUCUGCCAAUUAUGAGUAUCUUCAAACCCAAGAAGCGGAACACGUGGAAUGUGAUAGACUACGCCCAGCGGAAGGAAGAUUGGCGGAAUCUUGGAACUCUCAUCGAAGAAACACUGAACGUGCUGGAGUUGACUGGAGGUGAAGAUGCAUUCGUUAACAUCAAGUACAUGAUACCCACGUACGAGAGUUGUGUCUAUUGA